AUGGCAUUAAGUACCUUCCAAAUAAUUGUAGCUCAAUUAGUUUCACACCAAAUUAAUUUUAAUUUUUUCUUCAAAUUUAUUUUGUUAAUAAUUUGUAUUAAUUUUAAUGAGGCUAAUAAUCAAUUUUUCGACAAAUCCAUCCCAGAUGCAGAAACACUCCUCACACAAGCAGACUUUCAUAGAGUCACACAAAGACAGAAAAGACAACAACCUACUGAAACAAAUCCAAAUAAUAUAAACGACUCUGCCAUGUAUAAUAAAGAAAGAUUUGAAGGGGAUAUUUUGACUGCGGUAAACCCUGCAGCUUCCCUCCCUUUGAAAAACACGGUAAAUGAGGAUUCUGCAUUUAAAUCGCAAGAUGGACUACAAAGGAAUGCUGUAAGACAGUCUUAUUUGAAAUGGCCACGUGCUCGGAUACCUUAUACAGUCAGUAGUCAAUAUACAAGUUAUGGGUAA